ACCGUGGCACUAACUAGAUUACUAAUUAGCUUUUCACAAAAUGCCGACUUUUUGCGUGCAUCGAAUUUCACUCAGGUCACUCUCCUUUGCAGGUCUAAUGAGUCAUGACACUAACGGAGCCUAAAGCGUUCCUCCCACGCUCCUCCAGCCCACUCCUCUCCUUAUUUGAGGCGCUCCUCCGCUCCAGCCCUCAGAGCAGCAGGCGCCCAGUCAGCGCAGCUCUCUCCUGCCACCGCGAAGGGGACGGGACGGGAGUUGGUGCUUUUCCACACUUUGUUGGGAUUUACCCUCAUCGAGCCAAGAUGAGACUUAUUUUUGUUCUCGCUGCGGCUGCGGCUCUGUUGACAGAAAAUCUAGCGCUUCCAGUGGGAAAAGAAGGACAGAGAGAAGACGUGAUAACUAGAUGUUUGGUUGAAGUCCUGUCCAAAGCUCUCUCCAAACCGGACUCCCAGCUGGAUCAGGAAUGCAAAGACAUUCUCCAAGCAGGGGUUAAACAUGCCCCACUGGACAAGAAAAGUGGAGAGGGCAUAGCAACUCAUGAAGAGAUGGUCAAAGGUCAUCCUGGAACUACUGAGGCAAAGGCAACAGAUGUGAAAGACAUUGAGGCUCUCCUGAAAUCUGUUGAGGAGAAGAGAGAAAAUCCAGAGGACGAGCGAAGCCAAGAAUCCUGGAGUCUGGAUGACGAGAGGGAGAAGAGACAUGAGAACGAAGAGGAAGAAGAGCGAGAUAAGAGGAACAGCUGGAGGCCUGGAAGAUACCACCAGAAGAAACACAAACGGGGUGAGGAAGAGGACAACGAGCGCAGCCAGGAGAGUUGGGGGUUAGAAGAAAAGAGAUCAGAAGAAGAAGAAGAAGAAGAAGGUGAAGAUAGAGAGAAGAGGAACUGGAGGCCUGGAAGAUACCACCAAAGAAAACACAAGCGUGAUGAGGAAGGAGAAGAGAGGGACGAGCCAGAGGAAGAACGUAGCCAAGAGGCCUGGGAUGUAGACAAAAGGCAUGGGAAUGAGGGUGAGGAGAGAUACAAGCGCAUAUGGAAACCCACACAUCGCUACCACCACAAGAAAAAGCUCCACAAACGUGGUGAUGAGCCAUCCGAGGAGGAAGCUGAGGAUCGCAGCCAGGAAUCUUGGGGUCUUGACGACGAAAGAGACAAGAGGGACUGGAGGCCCGGCAGGUACCACCAGAGGAGACAUAAGCGUGAUGAAGAGCUCUCAGAAGAAGGCAGGGAAGAGCCCGAUGAAGAACGCAGCCAGGAGUCCUGGGACUUUGACAGUGGAAGAGAAAAGAGGGACUGGAGGCCCGGCAGGUACCACCAGAGGAGACAUAAGCGUGAUGAGGAGCUCUCAGAAGAAGGCAGGGAAGAGCCGGAUGAAGAACGCAGCCAGGAGUCCUGGGACUUUGACACUGGACGAGAAAAGAGGGACUGGAGACCCGGCAGGUACCACCAGAGGAGACACAAGCGGGAUGAGGAGCUCUCAGAGGAAAAGCAAGAAGAGGCUGACGGGGAUCGCAGUCAGGAGUACUGGGGCUUUGACAAAAGACACGGAAAAGAAGAGGGAGAAAUAGAAAAGCGUAUAUGGAAACCAACACACCGAUACCACCAUAAAAAGAAACUUCACAAACGUGGCGGAGGCUCAUCAGAAGAAGAGGAAGAACAGAAGGGUGAUUCAGAGGAAUAUGAGGAAGCUGCAAAGGACAGGGACGAAGCUCUUAGGUAUCUGGCAGAGAAGCGCAAUCCCUGGAUCUUCAGAGGCUACUACCAUCCUGCCUGGUUUAAAAGGGAUUCAGAUGAACACGCUACAACCUCAGACAAGAUGGAUGAAGUAGCCAAGUUGCUGAGCUAUAAGAUAAACCAGCUGGCCAACCAUUCUAAUCAAGACGAGGCAAAGAGAAGCACGCACCAGAGAGCACUCACCCCGCAGGAGGAGAAGGAGCUGGAAAACCUUGCGGCGAUGGACAUGGAGUUGCAGAAAAUCGCUGCCAAGUUGCAUGACAAAAGUGCAUAAGCUAUGACAGCAUUUCAAGACUGUCUAUCAGCCAUCAGUGGAUUAAAGCUGCUGUCUUACCUCUCUCAUGUCUGCCAAUUUAGUGUGCUUUCAGUGUUACAAAAAGACAAAAAAUAAGACAUAAAAAAACCCUGAAGCCUUGCCAAAAACAAAUAUCAACUUGUUUAUCAUUGUAUCUGUGAUAUUUUGAUGUUACCAAAUUAAUCAGCAUGGGAAUGGUUUUAAUGUUUAUACAUAUAAAGAGAAAAUAUUGAAAUAAUAUCUGAGACAGAUUAUUAAAAUAAAUGUGUUCAUGAGUUUGUUCAGUCUGCACUCAAUAAAAGGAGUUAUUCUGGGACCAAACAAA